AUGGAUCCAUCAACUAUAGCUAGCACGUCAUCACUUGAACCCGCAAUGUUGGAUAGACUUACUACAAACUGUCCUCCAGAACCAUGCGCCAUAUCGGAUAACGGAGGAUUUCCAAUAAUCAACGAAACAAGGGCUUUCAUAGGACCAGGGACUCUAGCAGAUAUACCAUUCAAAAAGGAGAGGCCAGAGAGACCAGGAGAAGUAAUUUUUUCAGUUUUUCUACUUUGCAAUAAGCCCAUGUUGUUGUUUACAUUUAUUCCCUCGGUUCUUCUGACUACAACAUACCUUCAGACACAGUCAGAAAUCGAAAGUCGAACAAUCAGUAGAGCUUGUAGCACGCUGUUAGAAGAGGCUAUAGAAGAAGAGGGAGAAGCCUCUUUUGAAACAGAUCGUUACGGCUUUUUUGUGCAACCGGAUGAUGUUUAUCCCACGAGGGAGGAAUCUACUAUAAGUGUGGAAAAGCUAAGGAAACGAGAGAAGAAAUGGAUACACAUGUUGGACAAUUGGAGUUUGUUCAUGGAUGAAAAGUUCUCCACAGUGCGAGAGCGCUGCAGGAAAGGAAUUCCUCCUUCACUGAGAGGAAAGGCCUGGAAAUAUCUGUGCGGUGCGAUGUAUCAAAUGGAGGUCUCUCCUAACCGGACAGUUUUCGAAGCAAAAUUGCCUUCGAAUAGUAUUGAGAUUAAUAAGAAGUAUAUUCUUAAUGGAAUACUUCAGAAAUGUUUGAGUCAACCUGGUGAUCCUAAGUGGAUAGACGAAAUUGAGAAGGACCUCAAUCGGCAAUUUCCGAAUCACGAAUUGUUCUCCAGAGUUGGCAAAUUCGGUGAAGCAGGAAAAGAAGAUUUGUUUCAACUUCUAAAGGCCUGGACGGUACUGCAUCCUGAGGAAGGCUACUGUCAAGGGCAAGCCCCUGUAGCCUCCGUCCUCUUGAUGCACAUGCCUCUGAGAGAUGCAUUUUACUGUUUUGUCCAGAUAUGCCAUAGAUACCUUCCUGAUUAUUACAGCCCAGGCCUGGAGGCAGUGCAGGUUGACGGGGAUAUACUUGCACAGUUGCUCAAGGAAAAGUCUAGAACCAGCUAUCAGCAUCUGAAGAAACAAAACGUGGAGCCUGUGCUUUAUAUGGUAGAAUGGUUCAUGUGCAUAUUCUGUCGCACACUUCCAUGGCCAACAGUCCUUAGAGUGUGGGACAUGUUUCUUUGCGAAGGUUGCAAAGUUUUGUUCAAAGUGGCCGUUGUCUUGUUCAAGUAUGGAUUGGGAACUAAAGAGCAAUGCAAGCAAUAUCCCGAUUUGCAUGCAAUAGUGACACGCCUCAGAAAUCUUCCGAAGAGAAUAACUUCUGAAGAUUUCCUGGUGGAGAAGGUCUGCCAGCUAAACCUGAACGAGGCGGAUCUGGAGAAAGUACAUUUAAGAGCUCUCAAGUUGCGACAAAUCAAAGUUGCCCAAAAGUAG